UCACUGCUACCGGAAUACAUCUAAAGAGAAUAAAGGGAAUGAGGAGGACCAAAGGUAGGAAAAUUUGGCUGGAAGGUUUUUCUAUUGUUUCUGUUUACCUGUUCAGUUGCUACUAGAUUUUGCCCCCCAAAACAAUGAUUCAUGUCUUUCUGUCCAAUCAGAAGAGGAAGUGAACAAUUGCCCUUCAGUGCUCAGAUUUCAGUCCUGAGUGUGGGGCUGGAAGGCAAGAAGGAAACACUCCAGGUGAAUAAGAUUUGGAGGGGGAGAAGCAGAGAAGGAGAAACUUCCAGAUUACAGGAAGACCUCUCGCCGUUCAUGCUAUAAAAAGGAAUCCUGGGACAAAUUUUGAAAUGAUGCUACAUGGAAAAAAUGGAUUUAAAUGGUUUGUGAAUGCUUCAGGAUAGACAGAAGGAGACAGAAGGAAUAUAAGCCUCAAGGAAGGAGGGAGCAGCAUGGGGAACUGCUGCCAGAAACAUUGCGCUUGCCUGGAGCACUACUUACCUUGGCUUUUCAGUGGCAGAUCUAGGGAUAAGCCUGUUGAAACUAUCAGCAAUCCGUCAGCAGGGGGAGGCUCCCCAGACAACUCAGUAGGACCACACAACCUUGGAGCAGAUCCACCUCCUCUUCCUCCACCAAAGCAGAAUAGGAAAUUUGUGGCCCUCUUUGAUUACCAAGCCCGUACAGAGGAAGAUCUGGGUUUCCAAACUGGAGACAAGCUCGAAGUGCUAGAUUCAUCUCAAGAGAGCUGGUGGUUUGCAAAGCUGCUUGUGGAGAAUGGCUUUGUCAAGCCUGGGCAGAAGCUGCAAGGCUACAUCCCUGCCAACUAUGUGGCCCCUGACCAGAGCAUUGAAGCUAAACCGUGGUUUUUUGGUGGUUUUAAGCGAGCAGAUGCCGAGAAACAGCUACUAUGCCCUGAAAACCAGGAGGGAGCUUUCCUCAUCAGAAGCAGUGAAAGUCAAACGGGUGAAUUUUCUCUUUCAGUGCGGGAUCAACAGACUGUGAAGCACUACAGAAUCAAACGUCUGGACAACGGUCGCUUUUAUGUGACAAAAAGGAAAACCUUUCAAAACCUGAAUGCUUUUGUCAGGCACUACAGCCGGUCCAGUGAUGGGCUGUGCGUAAAGCUUGGGAAUCCAUGUAUAAAGACAGAAGUUCCAGCUACUUAUGAUUUGUCAUACCAAACUGUGGAUCAAUGGGAGAUAAACCGGGAUUCUCUACAGCUCUUGAAAAAAUUAGGUUCUGGCCAGUUUGGCGAGGUCUGGGAAGGGUUAUGGAAUAAUACGACACCGGUGGCCAUUAAAACGCUAAAGCCAGGUUCAAUGGAUCCAAAAGACUUCCUGAGGGAAGCACAGAUAAUGAAGAAUCUGAGACACCCAAAACUCAUACAGCUCUAUGCUGUUUGCACUUUAGAGGAUCCAAUUUAUAUUAUUACAGAGCUGAUGAGACAUGGAAGUCUGCUAGAAUACCUCCAGAAUGAUGGAGGAUCCAGGAUCCAUUUGCCACAACAAGUGGACAUGGCUGCUCAAGUUGCCUCGGGAAUGGCUUAUCUAGAAUCUCAGAACUACAUCCAUCGUGAUUUGGCAGCUAGAAAUGUCCUUGUUGGUGAUCACAAUGUUUACAAAGUGGCAGAUUUUGGACUUGCACGAGUUUUCAAGCUAGAAAAUGAAAAUGUCUAUGAAGCCAAACAUGAAACAAAACUGCCUGUGAAAUGGACGGCUCCUGAAGCAAUUCGCUCCAAUAAAUUUAGCAUUAAAUCUGAUGUCUGGUCUUUUGGAAUACUCCUUUUUGAAAUAAUCACAUAUGGAAAGAUGCCUUAUGCAGGUUUGAUGGGAUUUCAAGUACUCCAGAAACUGGAUCAAGGCUACAGAAUCCCUCAACCACUUAAGUGUCCUCAAGAGCUGUAUAACAUCAUGCUACAAUGCUGGAGUGCUGAACCCAAAGAACGACCCACCUUUGAAACAUUGCAUUGGAGACUGGAAGAUUAUUAUGACAUGGAUUCUACAUCCUAUGCAGAUGCAAAUACUUUUAUAAAAUGAACAACACAAUAUUAUUACUGAUUAUUUAAGUGAGGAUGACAUCCACAAAACUGUUUCCUUUAGCAAAGUGUUCCUUUUAUAUUUUAAUGUCAUCUUGUGGAACAUAUAUUCAUACACAUAGAUAUACACUGGACCCCGGUGUAUAUAGUAGACUAAGGGCUGCCACCCCUGCUCACUUCACUUGCCAACCCAGCCUAGACUGCACCCUAUAGCACUCUCUCCCACCACUUCUGCCAAGCACCCCUUAGUCAUCUCUCCAUCCCCUCUGCCAUGUGGCCCUUACCACUUCCCCCACUGCCUCUGACAGGUACCCCUAACUGUACCCCCACCCUCUCACCCCACAAAGGUUGCCAGAGCCCCUGUGCACACACUGGUCACCAAAGCUCUCCCCCUCAAUGGAUCUCUAAACCUUCCCCCUGCCCCCUCCACAGGCCUGCAAACCUCUCCCCACUCCUUCUGUGGGUCUCUCCAAACCUCCCUCCUCCCCCUCUGUGAGUCUCCAAACAUUCUCCCUGCCCCCUCUGUAGGUGUCCUAACCUCCCCCCACUCCUCCACAGGUCUCCAAACCUCCCCCUGCCCCCCCAGCAGGUCUCCAAAUCUUCUCCCUCACCCUCCACUUACCUUAUGGCCUUGCUGCUGCUGCUGCUCACUCACUCGCCCGCUAGGCCUGGGAUUGGGCCAACUAGGUGCCGCUGCCAGGCCCCCUUGCCACCCCUCUUGUCUUCUUCAUCACCAGUGCCGCCUCCUCCUUGUUGCCAUUGCAGUCAAUGUUUGCUUCUCCUUGCCCUCCUGGCCUGUAAGUGUCAUGUUACCUGUGAACUCUUCAGUGCAGGCACGUACCUGUGCAGAAGCCUUUACGGAUAGAGUGACACAAAAAUAUAAUAUAUUAAGAUAUGUCCAACAUCUUCACGGUCCAUUUCAUGCACUGGGUGAAGACUUUUGCCUACGAAAGUAAUUAAUCUGCUAGGCUACAUCAAACAAAGGCUGCUAUUUUUCCGCACCUUUCACCAAAGUAGGAACAUAGGAAGCUGCCUUAUACCACAUCAGGCCAAUAGUCAGUCUAGUUCAGUAUCAUCCUCAAUAACUGGCAGUGGCUCUCCAGCGUUUCAGGCAGGAUUCUCUCCCAGCCCUACCUGGAUGAUGCCGGGAACCGAACCUGGGAUCUUCUGCAUGCAAGGCAGAUGCUCUACCACUCCGCUAUGUACCUUCCCCAGGAACUGUGAUAACAAUCUAACCUCAAAAUAAAUGGAGAAGUUAAAAUAGUGGUGAAUCUUAGAGAAUGAGUACUUAUUUAAAUCUGUGACAAUACACUAAGAUCUUCGUGGCAGCAGUUUGUCUUAUCAGAUAAUCAAAAUGAAACAGGCAGGAUUUUUAAUAAUCUUUUUGCUCUGCAAUGAAGUUACUCCUCUAUUAAUUAUUUAAACAGGAGAUAGCAAAAAGCACAAAUCAUAAACAGAUACCUUCAAUAGGCAAUGUAACACUGUACGUUUUAUAUAUAGAUUUGGUUAUUUGUUACUCUUCAGAUUCUCCUGCUUAUCUUUUAAAUCCCAUCAAUCGGUUAUUAUGAAGGAUUUGAUUGCUGCUAUGCACAGCAGGACCUGUCCGUAAAUAUAUUUUCUGUAUUUCUCUUUCACAAAAUAUCCUAUAGCAACAAUGUUGGCAGUGCUCCAUUGAGUGUCUUUGUUGUACAUGGAAUAGAUGCAUAUGCACUUGAGAGGGGGAGAAAUAAGGUUACAUGGGGAAAAUAUUAACAUUUUCUACAAUAAAGUGAUUUUUGAAACAGGGUCUGUCUUACAGUCAGAUGAUGGGGCAAAGUUGAUAAAUAUAUAUUUUCUAAUGAAUUGCUUUUGUAACUCGUGUAAUAUAAAAUUGUAAAUGUGAACCCACCAUAUACUACUGCAGUAGAUCCUUCAUUCGUUUUAGGAAAACUUGAGUGGGCUUCUGUUUUGCAUUUCUUCCAAGCAGUGAUUUGAAAUACUACAGAUGAAAUGCAAUCCAACCCAUUGAUUCCUCAGACAUUGCUUUUUGCUUUUAUUUACCUGUCCAUAGAACUUUCUCCCAGUGUGAACUUGCUAUGGAUACCAGCGAUACAGCACAGCUGCUAGUCUUUGCACCAGUGCUGAUUGGUAUGGCCAUUCAUCAGAGCCUCCUGUUUUAUGCAGUGGCUGUGGGUAGAGUAGUUAGAUUGUUCUUGUGGGAACAUGGAUGGAAUCUACUUCUGAUAGUGAUGCCUGUUUUGUCCUUUGAUGUAUGCUAUUUACUUAGAGUUUGUGCCUAUAGAUUGUUAUGUUUAUUUUUUUUAGACAUGAUUUUUUUUCAAUUAAAAAAGUAAAUGGUUUUAUUGUAAACGACCUUGGAAGAUG